UUCCCUACCCACCCCAAUCAUUCUGGCAGUGACGUGUGUAUUGUCAGUGGGGCGGUUUGUUUACCGUUUGUGGUAUGGGCAACAAACAUGCUGCAGGAAAUCCAGGAUAACUUGCGCAUUGCCGUGGAACAGGGGCGCACGGACAUCAUCCGCAGCGUGCUCGAAGCAUGUGACUCCCAAAUUGUGCCUGACGAACCUGGGUCGGUAACCAAAGAAAAAAUUCUGAACUCUCCAUGUUUAGAAGAAGGAACUUUCCUGCAUUUGGCGACAAAGCUUAACCAUGGAGAUGUAGUUCGCACAUUACUUGCUUGUGGCUCUGACCCUCGUGUCCAGAACAAACUAGGUUUGAAUGCAGUAGAUGCAGCAACAUCUCAUCAUUUACGUGAAAUAUAUGUUGAAGAAUUACUGCGUGCCACUGCUAGCUCAGACUGUGAAAGAGUUUGUCAACUUUUGACUGCUGGAAUAUCAGUGAACUCAUGGGACAGUGAAGAAAGUGGGAACACACCUUUGCAUUGGGCUGCAUGCUAUGGAAACCGUGAAGUUAUUUCUUGUUUAAUUGAUAGAGGAGCAGAUGUGAACAGUGUGAAUACCCUUGGAGUCACACCUUUGCAUGAUGCUGUGGCCCGAGCGGAUAUUGAUGUAAUAGAGGAGCUGCUCCGAUCUGGAGCUAACCCUUGCAUUCGAGCAAUUAAAGGGAAGUUUGGAGGAAAAUCAGCUUUUGAACUUGCAAGCCAGAAGCCUUCCCUAGAACUCAUUCUUACAAAGCUGGCAGCAUAUGAGACUGUUCCCAAGUUCAAUGCGAAUGCCACUAGUACCACUGUUUCUGGCGAUGGAAAUCAUUUUUCACACAACUCGGAUCAAGUUCCUCAUCUGAAGCACAACUUACCCACUUGCCACUCAAAUCGGAAAUCUUCUACCAGCAGUAUGACUAGCCCUAAAAAGGACAGAUUGAGGAGUGUAUCAUUGGAAUCUUAUGAUGUUGUCAACCGAGGUAACGGAUAUGUUUCCAAUGGUGGGGAUGGAAACACCCAAAACACUCAUCAGCCCCUUAAUCAUAGUCAGAGUGCAAACUAUGCUCAUGAUGCUGUAUCACCCAAAAGCUCUAGACGAAGUUUGUACUCAUCACAGGCAUCAUUGGAUUUAGCUCCUCGUAUUGACCAGAUGGUUGAAAGCUUGGUUCGUACCCACAUUAACACACCUGUUGCUCCUAUUGUAACGCAAGGUCCUCUGCAUUUGCUAUGGCCCCAACCUCAGCAAAUUGUUGAGUUAGGGGGUGAUACACUAGAUGGAGACCCAGAGGAACCAUUCUUACCGCAAAAGGAGCUUCACAUUUCUGUUGUGCAAGGGAACAUUUCUGUUCAUAGGAUUCUGGAUGUCUGGGACUUGAGUAGAACAGCUUUAUUAGCUUUGGGGUACAAUGUUAAAAUUGGUGAUAUUCAGCCUGUGGCAGGCAUGGAGACAGAGAGUCAAGUUGAGUGCACAGUUAAUGAAGAUCUUUUCAGUCAAAGAGAUGCAUAUCAAAUACACAUCAGUUCCAUCAAAGUCAAAAUAUCUGCGGCCAGUCUGGCAGGCUUGCAUUAUGCCCUUUGCACUUUUACCCAACUCUUACGACUGAGUGUUGCAGCAGCGGAACAAGAAGGCAGAAAGCCAAAUCUACCUCCUGUCCUUAUCCAAGAUUAUCCUACACAAAGACAUCGUGCUGUUCUUUUAGACGUUUCUCCAAACGGCCGAGUACCAAUUUUGGAUUAUUUGUUUCACCUUAUUGAUAUUUGGUCUUCACUCAAAAUAUCCCAUCUUCAUCUUUACACAAGGCUUUUGCCUAGUCAUGAGUGGCAAUUAUGUUAUUCUAAAAGUGAAAUGGUGACAAUAGAUCGAUACUGCCAGGACAGGUUCAUAAGCCUGGUGCCUGUUUUAGAUGUUGAGCCUCAUGUUAACUGCAAGCUUCUAGCCAAAAUGUGGCCGGCUUUUCAAGAAAUUAUUGCAAGUUUCCCCAACAUAAGAUAUGUUCACGUGGGACCAAGACUGAGCAGUCUACUCUUGACACGUGAUGAUGAUCCUGCUGCUCAUCGCUGCCCUAAUGAUAGCACGGACGCUGCUCACCAGAGUGCUUCAAUAUCCGCAGACAAUGAUGACCUUGACAGGUCUCGGGGAGGAGAGAGUGACCGAUUGAGUCUUGCUUUGGAACCUGAAGGUGGUCUGUUUGGAGUUCCUAGCUUUAUGAGGGAGCUUUGGCACCGACUGGACCUUCCGCCAAACAUUACUCUCAUGUUGUGUGCUAAUGGACUCCACAGUCGAUUUUACAACAUCCCCCCAAAUGUCGUCCUCGUAGAAUAUGGAUUUCAGGCUGAUUAUGAUUUUGUCCAAUGGACGCAAGAUUUCCGCCAACAAGGCAAUAUGACCUGCCUGUGUCCUGGAACUGCCAGUUGGAACAGUUUAGCAGGCUGUCCUGAAGCCUCUAUCUGUAAUAUUUACCGAGCUGUUCAGGCAGCUCAGAAGCAAGGAUCUCUUGGAGUAAUCAUUGCACAUUGGUCUGGUUCCUUUCAUCUCACACCGCAUCCCUUCAGUUUACCUGGUUUUGUCGUUGGUGCAGGCCUUGCUUGGAAUGCUUCUACUCAUUGGGAUUACUUGCAUACUGCCUUACCUUCCUUGCUAGACACUCAUGUGUUUCUGGACAGCGCUGGCAUCCUAGGUGGAGUUGUCUUAGAAUUAGGUUAUGCAGAGACCUUGGUGCUGAGAGUUAGUCGAGGCCAAGACCGUGGUGAUCCGCGCGAUCUCCCACCUCAAGAUGGGUCUGCACUGUACAAGCUGUUGACUGAUCCUGACAGUGUUAAUCUGGAAAGAACACCUGCUGAUUUGUUUGCUAGAGUUUCAAAGCACAUAAAAAGAUGUCAAACGAGUUUGUUUGCUGCAAAACCCCAGUGUCGAUUUGCCGAGAUGAUUGUCCAAGAGUUGCAGCUGGCUGCAGAUUUAUUAUUGACGUCAUGUCGAAUCGGACGAUCCCUUGUCUCUGUUGGGACGAAUCCAAACUCAAAUAUGGGCCUUUCUGUGAUCAACUUAGGAAUAUCAAAUCUCCCUCCAACAUUCCGAACCGAUAUUGCAAACAAGCUGCUUGCUCAUAUUGAACAAUACAAAGGGACUUGGCUCCAACGGCACCUCCCUGCUGGACUGCAGAGUUCUCUUCUUAUCCUUACAUCUGUGUUAAGAAGAUUUGUUCCAGAUGAAUCAUGCUCAUCUGUGUGUAGUGACUCAUCAGCUCCCUUUCCAUCUGGCAGUGAACGUUUUUGAUAACUGAAAUCAUUGGUAAAGAUGUGUUUCAUUCCAUGCUUUUACUUUGGUAUAUCCAUAAUCACUGUUCCGGAAAGCCGACCACUCGGGUUUGAUUGGAAUAAAUGGAUCGGUGCGCUCACUGCAUCCCUGCACAAGCAAAUGUUCCUUUGCUUAACAAAGUGGUAUUGUAUAUCUGGCCAAGUUUCUGGCAUAGAUCUCAAAUAUUGAACUUAUGUUGUACUGCAACAUAGUUUUAACAUGCAGAAAAUCAUCUUUUUCUUUUAAAAGUCUGAAAUUUUAGGACUGAUAUGUUUUAUUAUUGAAAGGUUUGUUUGUGUAAUGGUUUACUAAGCCAGUAUUUCUUAAAAGCUGUUUUUUAAAAUAUUUUAUUUUGAUCAAUUUGAAGUUUGACGCUAACUGAUGUGAUAUUGUUAACUAGUUUUGCAGAUGCCAACAAAGCUUCUGGAAAAUCUGGUCUUGAAAUUAAGUCAUCUAGAAUUUGUUUUAGACAUUCCAGCUUGGGGCUAGAUUAGAUUUAGGACACCAUGAGGAAAACAUUAUUAUUAUUAUGUACUUGGAAACGCCUAGUGUAUGACCCGUCCUUAUAUCUUUGUGAAGAUAGAAUUUAUUUUUUAAGCUCUGUAGAUUUAUGAUAUUUUUUGGGAAGCUUUUUGUGAAUAAAUUCUGAGUAAAUGAUUUUUUGUCAGAAUCUG